AUGUUAUUCAGAUAUCUUCUCACGUUGGUGAUCCAACUAUGCUGGGUUGCUCUCGGGUUUGCCCAAGACGCGACAAUUACGAUUCCAUGGGUCACAGAUGCGCCUGAUUACUUCCAGGGCUACGGGGCCAAGGCCAUAGGCGUUAAAGAUGCAACAACGACCUACGGAAUCAACUGUCUCUCGGAUCAAACAGCUUGCCACAGAUUUACUCCAGAUCUGACCGUUAUCUACGGACCCAGCACAUAUGACAUGAUGGCCAACGGCUACAAAUUCGACUUCACCUCAGGUUGCACACUCACGGGCUCUCCGACACCCACAGGCGCAUCUUGCACAGAAACAAAGUCCUCGCAUGAAACUAGUACUAUCACCUCGGCCACCGUGCUUGUUCCAGCCACGGGUGAUGAUUCCACCCUCGGAAUUUUCCCUGCAACCUUGAUCGUGACCGAUACUGGAGACUUCCCCGCGCAUUCUACCGCUACUGAAACCAAAGCUUCUGUCAAUUCUGAUGCUUCAACUAGUGAUUCAAGCUUAACUGCGCCUGCGACCGCGACCGCGACCGCUAAUCCCGUUAGCUCAGCCUCAAUUGGGUUCCUGAAUUCGACAGCCAUGAUAACUGGUGCCCCAGUUUAUUUCGGCAAUGGAACUUCGCCGGCUAACAAGAAUGGCACGACAGUGACGGUGACCGUUCUUGCUAGCUCUAUUCCGUGUCACUGUGAAUGUGACUGCAGACAAAACCAGACCGCUAGGGCCACUGUCACUAUUACUGUCCCAAUGGCGAUCAAAAACCACGGAGUCAAGAUGGCUGCGCCCGUGGCAUUGAUGUGCGGAAUCGUAGCUGGCGCUAUGUUCUGGAUUUGA